AUGAAGAAGAACCAGACGGUGCAGGGCACCUUCAGCAAACUCUUCGGGAAGAAGCACGCGGGUCCCCCCAGCACCUCCCUCUACGCCACCAACCCGCCCUGGAUUUUCACCCAAGAGGCCCCCGAGGAGGGGAGCAGGGAUUUCGAUGGGAUCUAUUAUGGAGAUAAUCGCUUUAACACCGUGAGCGAGUCAGGAACAGCCACGCUGAAAGCUCGGCCCAGAGUCCGGCCCCUGCUGACCUUCCUUCCACUGAAUGCCCAGGAAAACCAUGGACUGGCUGUCCCUACCCCCUCUGUCCCAGAAGACUUUGCAGACAAAGAAGUGACAGGUACUAGCUCCCUAGUCAAUGGCAACCUCCGAUUGUACAGCUCUGUGGGGGACCUAAGGCCUGGGCACUAUGGCCAAGAUCCACUCAUCCCCCCACCUCCUCCAGGCCCAGCCCCAGGGCCCCCCCAGGACACCUCACAACUUCCAGGGGAGUUUUCACCACCACCUCCACCUUCCACAGCUCCCCCGCCACCUCCCCUGCUGCUGGAACCCCCACCCCCACCUAGCAUGGCCCCACCUCCACCCCCAGUACCUGGGGCCCUAUCCCCACCAUCUGCAUCCUCUCCAUCCACACCCACCCCUCCUGAUUUCAUUCCACCUGCCCCACCCUCAGUCUUUCUAGCCCCCCCACCGCCCUCUUUGCCAGCGCCAACACCCCCAGUGUCUCCUCAUACACUGGAGACUCAUCUCAUUCCCUCUGGGGGUGUCACCAAGUGGAAAUCAGAGAUAGCACUGAAUGGCAGGCAGCCAGAGGGCCCCAAAAUCAGCCCCUCCAGGAGCCCUGAUGAGCCAAAGGGGAGCACCGGAGGACCUAACCCAGAGCCCCAUCUCACCUUCCCCCGUUCAUUCAAAGUGCCUCCCCCAACCCCAGUCAGGACUUCAUCCAUCCCAAUUCAGGAAGCACAAGGGUCUCCCCCAGAGGAAGAAGGGGCCAUCAAGAAGGCUCCCAGCCGGCUCCCACUGCCUCCCAGCUUCCAAAUCCGCCCUGCAUCUCAGGUCUAUCCAGAAAGGGCCCCUGAGCCAGAAUGCCCUGGGAAGCCCAGGGCUGUGGCACCAGCCAGCCCCCUGCUUGGCCAAUCCCUGUCCCAGACAAAUGAACAAUCUGGGACUCCACCUCCAGCCCCUCCCCUGCCUCCACCUGUACCUCCCCUUCCUCCCCCAGCACCUCCCCUUCCUCCCCCAGCACCUUCCCUUCUCCCAGCUGCCCCUCCUUUACCUUCUGUUGAGAAGGCGCCCCCUCCCUCUACUGGGGUUAACAAAAGCCCCAAAUCCAGUUCUCCUGCUCUCAAACCCAAACCCAAGCCCCCAGAGGACACAGCCUCUUCAGCACCCAUGGACUGGCGGGACCCCAGCCAUAUGGAAAAGCUGAGGAGUGAGCUAGCAGCCUAUCUCUGUGGCUCCAGGAAAGAAGACCGACUCCUCAAUCACAGGCCAGGCCCAACUGUGGCCUCUCAGGGCAAGGAGGGCAGGAAAGGCCCCAGCCAGCCAGAGAAAGAGGUUCCCCCCAGCCUGCCAGAGAAAGAGAUCCCACCAAGUGUUCCUCACAAGGGUCUUUGCAGCAGUGGCCCACCAGAGAGGGAGCCAGUUCCUAGCCUGACCCUACCCCCUGUGGACUACGUUCCCCAAGACUGCCCAGCUCCCAGUGUCCGGCAGAUCCGAAAUGAGCUGGAGGCCCGGCUUUCCUCAUCAGCAGACAAGGAAACCAAGCCCAGCAUAGGGUCUCUGCCUCCCAAACCUCGGCUAGAAGGGGAAAGAAUCUUUGAAAACAGGGCUGAUAAUGGCAGACUCUCCAAGCCCGUGGCCAAGAAUUCACCACUUCUAUCCACCACACCUCUGCCAACCACACCACUCCAGUCUAAGGCCACACUGGGGCCAGCCACACCACCUAAGGCCAUGCCUGGGCCAGCUAUGCUUGAACCAGCCACACCACCCAAGGCCACACCUGGGCCUGUGGUACCAUCUACAGCCACAAGUCAGCUCAGUACAUCAUCCCUUUUGAUGACAAAGAAGGAUCAAGUCCCAGCUGAGCAGUGGGAAACACCAGAAUCUCAAGACAUUUCCAUUCCCUCUCAGCCAAGAGCAGAAGAGCCCCCCUCAAAAGCCACUAGGCUGCCCACAGAAGUAGCUCUCUCAUCUCAUGCCCUCCCACCAAAGACAUCCCCUGGCCAGGGAGAGGCGCCAUUUCUCUACAAGUCCCAUCGCAGCCAAAAUAGCCCCAGCAAAGAGGUUGCUGUGGUGACGCCCACCCUGUCUAGAGGAGAGGCGGCAGGGUUGGAGGAGCCUGUGGAGGUGAAGGAAUCCCAAGGGCUGCCAGCCAAACCCUGUGCCUCAGCCCAGCCUGCUAAUGAACUCCCUAGGCACCCUGUAACCGGGGAGGUAGUGGAGCCGGGCUCCCCAAUGGCCCUGCUCCUGGCAGCCAGGCAGAGGGCGCAGAAGGGGAGGCUUGGAGCAGCUGCCCUAGGUCGGUCCUCCCUGCCAGGGAGUCUCCGUGGCUACAGCCGCCAACCCGAGGCCGGCUCUGACAGCAUCUUCUACAGUGAGGGCCGGCCCAACUCCUUCACUGUGGUCCCCAAGGAACCUGAGAAGGACUCCCAGCUGACCUCGUCAGCGCAGCCCACAGUACUCAGCCAGUGGAAGCCCCAGCCCCGAAGAGACCCGGAGGGCACAGAGCCAAGCCCCAGGCACAAGUGGACAAAGGCAGAGCCCCAGGCCCCCGUGGCCUGGGAAAGACCAGCUCCCUCCAACGUCCCACAGGGCCGCCAGCUGCCCAAGUCCUUCUCCUCCCCGUCUUCCCCUUCGUACAAGAUAGAGCAAGAGGAGGAGUUCAACUUUGAGGUCAUCCCGCCGCCGCCAGAGUUCAGCAAUGACCCCGGGCCCCGGGCUUCAGCACUUCAGUAUCUGGGCCGCCGCGGCUCUCCUCCCCGACACAACUUCUCAGACUUGGGAUUCCCCCUGAACUCGGGCCCUGCGGAGCCCUCGACUCGCGGCUUCUCGCGCUUCCACGCGGGUGCGCGCUACGCCGGGGCCGGGGCCGGGGCCGUGGCCGAGGCCGGAGCCCGAGGCCUGGAGCGCUUCUCGGCCGGGGGCCGUUCGCUCAUCAAGAAGCGCCUGUACGUCGGGGAGCCCUUCCGCAGCCCGGGUCCUCCACGCGGAGGCACUGGCCGCAGCCUGAGCACCCCCAACUGCUUCGGGCCGCAGCCUGGGGGACCCUUCGGUGCGCCUGGAGGCCCCGAGAUGCGGCGUGUCAACUCGGCCAGCCGCACGCCCCCCGGCGGCCUGCACGCGCGGAGACUGUCCCUGGAGGGCGCCGCCCGGGGCGCCGGGGACGCCAAGCACAAAGCGCCAGGGGGCGCCGAUUACGGCUUCGCCCCUGCUGUGGGCAGGUCUCCCCACAGCACCCCCCACUACGGAAGCCCCAUCAACACGUUUACUGUGAGGCCUGGGACCCGCCAUCCCAUCUCCUAUGCCUACUCCGGGGCCCAUCGGAAAGCCACCUCCUGAAUCCUGGGUUCUUUCAGCUAUGCCAAGGCGUUGGAUCUGGGCACUUGCUUUUGGGGGUGGUAGGAGUGACACAGCAGGUGUUAGGCAGCCUGCCUCUGAGGGACGACAACAGAUGUGGAGGAAGUUUUGUUCCCCUCAGACAAAUGGACAAUGAAUGAGAAAUAGCCAGUGACCUGUGCAGAUGGGGUGGGCUUCUGUUCCCAAAGCGCUGGUGUAGCUGUAGACUGCUUACACAUAUGGGGGAUGGGAGGGGAAGAAGGGAGGACAGGCGGAACCUUUAAGGGCCUGGGCACUGAAUUUCUUAUAUCUAGUACUAUCUGCUUUAACAAGACUUAUUUAAAGCAGUUUUACAAGCAAGUCCUACUGAGCAGGUUCUAAAAGCAAGAGGUGGGGCAGUGACUCUGUCAGGCUCUCACAGGGGGCCAAGGCCCAGCCCCAACCAGGUGGGGAUGCAGGGCACUACAGGUACAUCUCUUUAGCUUCUGUGGUUGCCACCCCAAGAGGUGAUACCUGAGGUUCCUAGCCAUAUUCAGGUGGGACCAGCAAUGUACAUGUACAACAUGUGGAGAAAGCACUGGAACAGAAGCCCUUUCCUUGGCCCUGACCCUUAGCUACUGGCAGACCUACAGAGAGGAGACUUGGCAAGUUUGGGAUAGGAGACUGAGGAUUAAGCCUUGCUGCUCUAUUCAGACCCAUGCAGCCCUGAUUUGGGGAUUUGGCCCCAGGAGCUAGGAGGUCUGGGGCUUGAUAUCAGAGACCUUAUGUGGCCAGAUCUUAUAUGAGAUUUGGCGGGGCAUUGUUCCUAACCCUGAUACUAGUCACCAAUAUUAUUAAGGCCUUAAAAAGUAUAGCCAGGAGUGGUGCCUGUGGCUCAAAGGGGUAGCACGCCAGCCCCGAAGGUGGCAGGUUCAAACCCAGCCCUGGCCAAAAACUGCAAAAAAAAAAAAAAAAAAGUAUAGCCAGGAUGGAAGACAUUGGAGAGUGAGAGGUAGCAGAGAUGAGAAUAGAGGUCUGAGAAGAAUUUGCUGCCAAUUAGGAAUGUGUUUUGGAAAGUCAAGAGUAGUAGGGCUGGGCCAGUUCAGAGCAGGGCAGACCUGUCAGUAGAGUGACCAUUUUUCCUUUGCUUAAGCAGUCCAGGAUUGUACUUGUUCUCCAGUGAAUUAGACCCCCUUCCACUUAAAAGAAAAAUACUGGUUUGGAUGAUAUAUGGUCACUAAACAUAUCAGGAAAUGAUAUUUCUUGGUUUGUUUCCCGUGUCUUCAAGUCCUGGUAGACGUUAGUAAGAAGGAAGCACAGGGGAGGGGCCCACUGCAGAGGAGCUGAGGGGUAAGCUAGGAAGCAGGUCCCUUUGGGAGCAAGAUGUUGGACCUUUAUGAUUUAUGGUAACCAGCCAAGAUACCGGAUUGUCAGGACAGCAGGUGAGCUACUUCAGGGAAGAAAGUUCAGUGGUGGGUGGGUGCCCAGAUUGCCAGGGACAGCCACCCUAAUGGGGCAGGGUCUGGGUAUCUGUGUUUAAGAAAUAAAACCACCCACCCCUACCACACAAUGCCAGCUCUUGCUUACUGCAUAUGUAUAUAUUUUCCUUGGACAGUGUUUUAUAAAAGAGUUCAUUAAUUUAUCUGUUCUGUUAAGGCUUGAGGGGUGGGGUGUGAACUCCCAGCUGUAUAUUGCUCUGGGGUGGGCAGGGAAGGACUGGGUCUCACUUGGCUUGGCAAAUAAACAGGCCAGUUUGGACUGGCCUCCAGCUCUG